UGGGUAGGCGUGAUUUAAACUGAGGUGGGUGGGGCCUAAGUCGCAAAGUGGAGGGAGCUACCUUGAGGCUUACUGGGGAGACCGGCACAGAAGAGGUGAAGUUUAGAAGCGGUUUGUGGGCUUUACUGGGGGCAGCUGUGGGGCAAAUGGAGAGUUGUAGUGAAAUCAUUGUAUGAAAGGGCAUAAAGCCACCGGAGUGGAGUGCAGGGGCUUGUGCAAAGGCCAGGUUUGCCUGAAGGAAAUCGAGUGGUACAUGGAGGUGGAACUCGACAAAAUCUCACCACCUGCAAAGCAUGUGGAAGGAGGAGGUGGCCAGGAAGAACGUGAAGGCUGGUAAUGGUGCAGAGUACCAGGAGUCUACUCCGAGGCUGGAAGCCAUCGCUGCACCCGACCUCCCUGGUGGCAGGACUGCAAGAGCGACCCCAGUGUGCUUAGUCCUAAACCCUUGUCCUCCGUUCACUAAGUGGGCAUCUUCAAAGACCAGUAGGAAGCGAUCUGGAGGGGAGGGCACUCUGCGGGAGUACAGGGUGCUCCAGCAGCUGAGGAAAGGGCCAAGGCCGGAGUGGGUGGGGUUGGGGGGAAAGUGCAAAGCAUCUCCAAAUCAAUCUGCAAUACAGAGAGGAGUUUAACGCCCCGGGGGGCCUGGGCCGGCUUAGCAACAGCAGGACCGCCACCCACCCACCCUCAUGUUUCCUCCCCAUCCAGAAAGAGCCCACCCCAUCACUGCAGCGCACACCAUGGACGACGCCACAUUGCCCGUGUCCCCAGCCCCUGUGCCCACCCCCAUGCCAGCAACCCCCACUGCUACUGCCCCCCGGGUGCCCUUUCACUGCAGUGAAUGCGGCAAGAGCUUCCGCUACCGCUCGGACCUGCGGCGCCACUUCGCCCGCCACACGGCCCUCAAGCCCCACGCGUGUCCGCGCUGCGGCAAGGGCUUCAAGCACAGCUUCAACCUGGCCAACCACCUGCGCUCCCACACGGGCGAGCGACCCUACCGCUGCUCUGCCUGCCCCAAGGGCUUCCGAGACUCCACAGGCCUGCUGCACCACCAGGUUGUGCACACCGGUGAGAAACCUUACUGCUGCCUCGUGUGCGAGCUGCGCUUCUCCUCGCGCUCCAGCCUGGGCCGCCACCUCAAGCGGCAGCACCGUGGCUCACUCCCGCCACCGCUGCCCCCGGGCCCUGGGCUCCCGGCCCUGGGCUCGCCCUGCUCGGCCUGCUGCAGCUCAGGGCCGUGCGCGGCGUGCUCGGCAGCCGCAGCGGGCACCGAGGGCCUGGAGGGUGCUGGCUCAGGCAGCUGGAACCUGGCGGAGGCCGCUGGCGCCGCCUCUUCCCUGCCACCCUUCGCAUGCGGUGCGUGUGCACGGCGCUUUGACCACGGCCGAGAGCUGGCAGCUCAUUGGGCGGCGCACACCGACGUGAAGCCCUUCAAGUGCCCGCGCUGCGAGCGCGACUUCAACGCGCCCGCGCUGCUAGAGCGCCACAAGCUCACACACGACCUGCAAGGCUCAGUGGCGCCGCCUGCACAGGCCUGGGCCCCGGGGCCGGGGAUGGCAGUGGUGGAGAACGUGGCCGAGGCGGGUGGCACUCCCCAAGCCUGGGAAGGCGUGCUGCUCUUGCGCCCUGCGGAGGGCGGCGUGCCUGACCUAGGGGCGCUGCUUCCUGUGGGUGGCGGGGAGGCCCCUGCGGCCGCCGAGCCCGCGGAGGACACGCUGUACCAGUGCGACUGCGGAACCUUCUUCGCCUCAGCCGCGGCGCUGGCCGGCCACCUGGAGGCGCACUCCGGCCCGGCCACCUUCGGCUGCGGCCACUGUGGGGCGCUGUACGCGGCGCUGGCCGCCUUGGAGGAGCACCGGCGUACCAGCCAUGGCCAGGGCGAGGGCCAGGGCGGCGUGGAGGAGGCGGGCGGGGCGGGGCGCGAGGGAGAGCGGGUGCCCGGGCAGCGCGCCCCGGCGCCCUCCCGCAGCAAGAAGAUCUUCGGCUGCUCCGAGUGCGAGAAGCUGUUCCGCUCACCGCGUGACCUGGAGCGGCACGUGCUGGUGCACACUGGAGAGAAGCCCUUCCCCUGCCUGGAGUGUGGCAAGUUCUUUCGCCACGAGUGCUACCUCAAGCGCCACCGGCUGCUGCACGGCGCCGAGCGGCCCUUCCCGUGCCAUGUGUGCGGCAAGGGCUUCAUCACGCUCAGCAACCUUUCCCGGCACCUGAAGCUGCACCGGGGCAUGGACUGAGCCACCCUGCGCAGGAACACACAGAGCCCUGGGCCAGGAGACCGGGAACCUUGCUCUUGCUAGGGACAGGCACAGGCCUGUGACACAUGAAGACCGAGGAAGAAGAGUACCUCUCCUCCAGUGCCUAGACAGGCACUCUCAGGGGCUUCCUGGUGACCUGAGUCUAGGGACUACAAGGACCAGGUCUCCUCCAAAUGUACCCACCGGUCCCUGGUGGCCCCAGAAGAUGGAUAUAGCCGUAAUCUGCCUUCCCCCACUUCAUUCCCCUGUCAAAAGAGGACCAGGGUAGACACCCCACCUUCAGUGACCCUCCCCUCCACGGAAUGGAUCAACCCUAAGCAUCAUCCCAUCCCUGAACACUAGAGUAGACUGGUCCAGCGCCCUGGCCCAUAGAAUGGACUGAAGCAGGCCAUACCCCGCCCAGCUGCUGCUGGCCGCCUCCUUAGAGCCUGUAGGAGAGAUGCCCCCUUAUCCCAUAGAGUUCCGCUCGGCCAAAUAGUUCCUAUCCUGUGACCUCAUUGGGUGGAGGUGGCGGGCCCGGGGUUUUCCUCCCUCUCUACUGUAGCACCUGUUGGCCUUUUUCUGUCUCCAUCAGUGUGUCUGUCUUUGCGACCCUCCCAACCCCAAGGGAAAAGGGGAAGUUGGCUGGGGUCCCCCACUCCCCACCGUAGACCUCCAUCUCAUCCCUCCUCCCCUGCUCAUUAUCUCCAGGACACCAAUAAACUUCGUCCUGUGAGUCA